AUGUUGGAAAAACUGGAAAAGUAUGCCAAUGACUUGGAAAAAAUUGUGGACCAGAGAGCAAAGGAGCUUGUUGACGAGAAGAGAAAGACUGACUUGCUGCUUCACAGCAUGUUACCGCCCUUCAUUGUUGAAGAGUUGAAAGCCGGUCGGAAAGUUGAACCGAUGAUGUACCAGAACGCCACGGUGUACUUCUCUGACAUUGUUGGAUUCACAAAACUCUCAUCUGAGAGCACUCCCAUGCAAAUUGUGGAUCUGCUUAACGAUCUGUAUGGAACAUUUGAUGAUACCAUCUCCAGGCACAAUGUAUAUAAGGUUGAGACAAUCGGAGACUCGUACAUGGUUGUGAGUGGUCUGCCUCAGGUAACAGAGCGCCAUGUCGUGGAAAUAUGCAACAUGGCAUUGGAUCUGCUGGGCAUCGUCAAGACCUUCAAGAUCAGACAUCGGCCUGAGAUGACACUCAUGUUGAGGAUUGGCAUUCAUUCGGGAUCUUGUGCUGCCGGAGUGGUCGGUCACACGAUGCCUCGCUACUGCUUGUUUGGUGAUACGGUCAACACCGCAUCCAGGAUGGAAUCAACUGGUGAAGCCCUUAAAAUUCAUCUGAGCUCAUCAGCUAUGGAAGAACUUUCUGCAUAUCGCCAGUACAAGGUGGAGCUGAGAGGGAGCACGGAGUUGAAGGGAAAAGGAAUAAUGACCACAUAUUGGCUUGUAGGAAAACACUCUUAA